AAGCCAUUGCAAGGACUGGAAUAAAAGUCAGAGCAUAUUCCAUGGAAUAUUAUACUGAAAACUCAGUAUGGCAUUCAACCAAGCUUUUUAUUAUUGAAAACGACAAAUCAACGAGACAUAUGGUGUUUGGAAUUUUUUCGCGGUGUGGGUCUUCUGAAGGACUGUAUAAAAUCUACACAUCUCACUCUUUCCGCCACGCGGAACAUCGGAGUGAAAAAACUUUUUCAUAUUUAAUGCAUGAUGCUGUAGAAGAAAAUUUAUUCGAACAAUGUUUGGAAAGUAUUGGUUGCAAGUACCAAGAAAACUUGGCUGUACCAUUAAAGGAUUUAAGCUCGUUUGACAGAGAUAGAAUAAGAGUAUCUAAUAAUAUACACAAAUUUGAGGUAAUGGUUAAUUGUUACAUCUAUAGCCUUUUUUGGGGACGCUCAACGAUAUAUCUCCAAAGUCUAGGGCAGAAAAAGAUAAGUCCCUCAGUCGUUAAAGGAUUUUUAAAAUCUUUUGAAAAGGAAACUCCGAUGGUUGUAAAUUUUCUUUCACGAUGCAAAUUUUUGAAAGAUUCAGAAAUAGCUAAAGCUGUUACAGAAGAGAUUCAAAGUGCAUUCGUUCGUGUAUUUCGAACAAAGAUCAACAUCCUCUUUGUCUACUGUGCUAAAAGCGCAAAAAAUGAGAUGCAAAAUUUUUUGUGGCCAGAUAUUCUUGUUGUAGUAACUAGAGGAGUAAAGAAGGCGCCUUUCAAACGAUUUUGUGGAUUUGACGUAGUAUUCAGAGAUAACGACUUUUAUCUAUUUAGUGAUGAAUCAAAGAAGGUGUUGCAUCACGAAACGUUGCUUAAUAGCAUAGACAGUUCAAAAUUAAUGAAUUUACCCUUAGAUAAUGUAUGCACACAGGACUUAAUGAGAAAGCACAAAAAUAUAACAUUAGUUUCCUUUUCCAGGGUUCGAUCACAAAAUUUUGAAAAAUGUCAUGAAAUGCACAGAAAAGACUGUAUUGUUAUAUACUGUUGGGUAAAAGGGUUUAUUCCAGUGGGCGAAAAAGCCUUUCCUAAAAAGAUAAAAAACAUUGAUGUUGAUGUACGUGAAGGUGCAUGCUUCUUUGCUGCUGAUGAAAAUUUCCUACAGAUUGGAAGCAAAAUUGGACGACGAUAUGGUUCCAGUCUUGGAACCUUAGGAGGUUUUGUGAACAUAGAUUCAUCAACAAUAGGAUGUUUGACUUGUGCACACGUAGUCUGUCCACCUGCUGCUCUACAGUCGGAAGAUAUCGUAAGAUUUAUCUCCAGCAAUCUGAUAGAAGUCGAAAAUAAAAGUGAUUCGGAUGUUAUAGGCACAGUAGAAAGAGCUGUUUUUAAACACAGUAACUCAAGAGAAGUUAGUGUUGAUGCAGCCUUGGUUAAAAUAUCCCGACAACAUCCAGAGAAUGGAAGUUUCCUUCUGGAGAUAAGCGAUGCGCAAUUAUUGAGUGCAGGUUUUUCAGCUUACAAUCGACCAGCCUUUACAAAUGGGGCCAUUAUAAAAAUUGAUUCGACGAAUUACAGACGCCCACUUUUAAAGUGUGGUGCAAGCAGUGGACUUACUGUCGGGUAUGCACACUGUAUAAACGUCCAUGCUGCAAUCAUUAAUGACAAAGAGAUAGAAUUUGAAUUUGGAAAUUUUAAAGUUCACGGCCAGAUAGAAGUUCUGCCAGUUCAAAGACCAGACAAGGAGAACGAGGCUGCCAAUAACAAGUUUGCAAUUAACGGAGACUCGGGGUCCCUUGUAUUCAUGAUUGAGGAGGACAUGCCGCCAGUUCUUAAAUGUGUUGGUAUGGUAACUGCUGUAACUACAUAUGGAUCUUGCUUGGUGACCCCAAUAGAUCAUGUUCUUCUGGAUUUAGGGCUUCCUCUGAAUGCAUUUUGCAAGUUCGGGAACGAAGAUCAGUCUAGAUCUGAUGUUGAAAUCAAUGACACUAUCGUUGAAAGGAUAGUCCGAGAUGUAACACAAGCAAUUUCUACUAAUUUUGAUUCUACAUUUCAGACAAUAAAUAGAAGAUUAGAUGCCCUCGAAGAAAGAAAUUCGAUGUAACAUUGAUUACAUGCUAAACUUUAUUUCUCACAAGAUCAUUUAAAAAAGGAUUUCUUCCAAAAAUCAAAACUGGUGGUAACAGAGCAGAACAGAGCUACAUGUAUA